GACCAACCUUGCUUGUAUACAUUUGUGGAAAGUAUUUUGGUUUAUGUUGAUUGUGUACUGAAAUUAUAGAAUUAUUUUAAUUUUAAAUCAGUAAAUCAACUUCUUUAUUAAUUGAGUCUGCCCGAAAAAUAAAAAUAGAUUGAAAUGAAGUAAAAGGAGAUAAAUUGGUUUAUAGCAAGGCACUCCGUUUCAAUGUUUUGGACACUGUCGUUAUUAAGUUGUAAGUAAAAAAUCAACAAUGGCUCUUAUGAGUGGUCCACAAAAAAGAAAGGAGAUUUACAAGUACGAGGCGCCAUGGCCUUUAUACAGUAUGAAUUGGUCGGUUCGUCCGGACAAAAGAUUCCGUUUGGCACUUGGUAGUUUUGUCGAAGAAUAUAACAAUAAAGUUCAAAUUGUUUCUCUCGAUGAAGAAACGGCAGAGUUCAGUGCAAAGAGCACUUUUGAUCACCCUUACCCCACCACAAAAAUUAUGUGGAUCCCAGACAGUAAAGGUUCAUAUCCGGACCUUUUAGCAACUUCAGGUGACUACUUAAGGAUAUGGCUCGCUGGUGAACCUGAAACUAGAUUAGAAUGUGUCUUAAAUAACAAUAAGAAUUCGGACUUUUGUGCUCCACUCACCUCUUUUGAUUGGAACGAAAUAGAUCCCAAUAUUAUAGGGACAUCGAGUAUAGACACAACAUGUACUAUUUGGUCUAUUGAAACGGGACAAGUUUUGGGACGUGUGACUGGAUGUGUGAAGACACAGUUGAUUGCUCACGACAAAGAGGUGUAUGACAUUGCUUUCAGUCUUGCUGCCGGUGGACGUGAUAUGUUUGCUUCUGUGGGAGCUGAUGGAUCCGUAAGAGUUUUCGAUCUGCGUCACUUAGAACAUUCCACAAUAAUUUACGAAGAUCAACAUCGUACUCCAUUGUUAAGGCUUGCUUGGAAUAAGCAAGACAGUAAUUUUAUCGCUACAGUUGCUAUGGAUGCAUGUGAAGUUAUAAUACUGGAUAUUCGAGUUCCCUGCACACCAGUUGCGAGAUUAAAUAAUCACAGGGCAAGUGUUAAUGGUAUAGCUUGGGCACCACACUCGUCAUGCCACAUCUGCACAGCAGGAGACGAUCAUCAGGCAUUAAUUUGGGACAUCCAACAAAUGCCAAGAGCCAUUGAAGAUCCAAUUUUGGCUUACACUGCAGCAGAGGGCGAAGUCAACCAAAUUCAGUGGGGCGCAACACAACCAGACUGGAUUGCUAUUUGUUAUAAUAAAGCAGCUGAAAUUUUACGAGUAUAAUUUUUCAGCAUUCUUUGUUAUAGUGCAUUAUUUCACAAUGCAAAAUUGAAUACAAGUAUUACAUUUUGUUGAUAAAGGCUAAAUUUAUAAACGUGUGAACAGCGAUUAAUUCAUCAUUAAUAAUGAUUCAUAUAACAGAUCCUACAAAACAAUGCAUUCUAUUCCUAAAGAAUUGUCAAAGUUAAUUCAUGUGUACUCUCUGUGUAGUGCAAUCCCACGUGUACGUGUAUAGUCAUUUGAAAAAGUAACCAUGUUUUCAACUAUUUUGAUAAGAAAUAUUCAAUUUUUCCAUUUAUCAAAGUUGUAGUAAAGAUUCAAAUUUCUUAAAAAAAAAAAAAUAAUGUACUAUCGAUCUUUUUCUUUUAGGAAAAAUGAUCUUAAUUUGAAAAUAAGAAAUUUACAUCGGUUAAGUUAUUUACUUAGGAUCUAAGUUUGUAGACGAGUAAUUUUUUUUUGAAACAUUAUGUAAUGUACAAUGUACAUACUUCAAGUAAACAUGUUUUUUUUAUUUGUAAAAGUUUAUUUAAUUGAAUGUCAUUUUAUACGUUUUUUGACUGAAAAAUAAAGGCUUUAAAGUCAUGUGAUGAAAAUAAAUACACAGAACUUUACUUAAAAAAA